ACUCUGAUGGAGGUGUCGAGGGUCAACUCGGACCAUAGUAUGUUUGGAAUUCGCACCCUGCACCAUGCUCAUCUGCACCACGCACUACGCUUUGCUAUCUUUAUAACCUAUUCUGUAUGUUCUCUAGGGCACUUACAUCAUGUUCGCUGUGGUACUUAUAUAUGGGUCUAUGCAAUUGUUCCUCGAUCGUCCGUAUGUAUCAAUCAGCUACCCUCCGGACGGCAAGUUGUCAAGAGAGCGUGUCACUCACCGCGCGCCAUUCUCUGUCCCACCUCGCGCCAUCCUAUGCCCCUUCUCUCGUGCGAGCCUAUGCGCCUUCCGUGCCUCCCCCUCCCCUCUUUCUGCGUCGCACCCUCGUCCUCUUUCUCCAUUACACCUCCGCCCUCGUCCGUCCAUCCCCCUCUUUCUCCAUUACACCUCCGCCCUCCUCCCACCCCGGUCGCCUCUUCCCUGUCACGCGCCUCCUCCCUCUCACGCGCUUCCUUCCUCUCUCUCGCAUGCGCCUCCUUCCUCUCCCUCGCAUGCGCCUGCACCCUUCCCUCUCAUACGUGGUUGCAGCGGCGGCCUCGUCGCAGCCGAGACCGUGGAACUCGCCGUCGCCUUCGAAGACAAGAGGACAGAGACGAGCCGGUGAGCCAGACGAUACGGUAAAACUCGCUGUCGCAGAUUAAACGAGACCGUGGACGCUCGCCGUCGCAGCCAGGCGAGACGAGACGGGGACACUCGUCGUCGCAGCCAGACGAGAGGACGGUGGACACUCGGCGGCGCAGCCAGCCGAUACUGAGGACCUCGCCUUGGCAGCCAGACGAGACGGUGAAACUCGCCGUCG